AUUAGUGGCGGAGGGAUACAGCGCUGGGUUUGACAAUGUGGAAGGCUGCUAAGAUGUCUGCUCUGAGGCUGAAAUGGUCUCAGUUGUAGCGAGAAAGGGGAAAAGGGAGACGCAUGAGUCGGGGAGACGGGAAGUGAGUCAACGAAGGAUCUUAGCCGACAAAGGCUCGGUAGAGUCAAUCCAACGGGUGCGGGAGUAAAAAGGAAGAUCCCGGCUGUCUCACAGACGCCCGGGGGGAGGAGGAGGAGAAGAAAAAGAAAAAGGAGAGCGAGCGAGCGCGACGGGAGAUUCGCUUGAAGUUUGAGGGGCUUUUCGACUGUCAGUCUGUUUUCUGGUUUUGGGCGGUUAGAAGCUGAAGUACUGAGAAGGUGAAGAAAACCGUUAAGCGCACUCACAGGCAGGCACGCUCGCUUGCUCCAGCGCGAGGGGGGCGCUUUUUUUGUAACCGUGUCGUGAAGUUCUCUCUCACCGCCCCCUUCUCCUCCUCCUCUUUAAUACACACACACACACUUGCGGAACGCUGAGAAGACACCGACGAAGCAAAACUUGUGGAGUGUGGGAGCAGUUGACACAUCAGUGGCAUGAAUCAGCAGCAGAGAAUGGGAACAGUGGGGACGGAUAAAGAAUUGAGCGAUCUGCUUGAUUUCAGCGCGAUGUUUGCCCCACCAUUGGCUAAUGGGAAAAACAGACCAACCACACUUGCCAGCAGCCAGUUUGGGGGUGCAGCAGGACUAGAUGAAAGGACUGGUUCAAGUUCCUGGGGACCAGGGGAGCAGAAUUCCUCCACUUUCAACCAGGGAAGGAAUUUUGGAGAGAGUUCACAUUACACUGACUCCGAAGUGCUGUCGUCUUCUACGUUCCUUACCUCUGGUUUGGUGGGUAAAUCGGACAGAGUAACAUAUCCCUUUAAUAGAGAAAGUGGAAUUCCAGGAAUCGGUCAGCCUUUCCUUGCUUCUGAUAUGGCCAUAUCAAGUCCUGAUGCUCUCUCCCCUUCAGGCCUUAAGGCUGGCUCCCCAUUUUAUAGCUCUUACCCAGCCAAUCCUCGGAGACGUGUAGCUGAUAACAACAUAGAUAGCCAGCCUAAAAAGAUAAGGAAGGUUCCACCAGGACUACCUUCAUCGGUGUAUGUAUCAACAUCAGGGGAAGAAUACAGCCGGGAUGGUGCUGGUUUUUCAUCUGCCAAAGGUAGCACAGUCUACCCAGGUUCAUUUUACAUGCAAGAUGGCAUGCAUGCUUCUCCAGAUCUGUGGAAUACUGCAGGAACAAUUGGUCAGACUGGAUAUUCGGCUAUGCUGGGAAAUGCUGCUCAUAUUUCUCAGCCAAGUAGCUUCAAUAGCAUUCAUCCUCAGGAACGAAUGAACUACUCUUUGCAUACAAGUGAGGUCAAUGGCAGCUUACCCACAAGUUUCCACUCAGGAUCAGCAGGCUACAGUGUGUCUAAUCCUACGCCCCCCCUUAAUGGGACAGACACUUUAUUAGCAAAUCGCAGCAGUCAGUCAGCAAGUUCCGGUGAUGAGAUCGGGAAGGCAUUGGCCUCAAUAUAUCCUGCAGACCACACUACCAAUAACUUCUCUUCCAGCCCCUCUACUCCAGUUGGUUCUCCACAGGGGAUUGUAGCUGCCUCUCAGUGGCCCAGACCAGCUGGCCAGACUGCCCUUUCACCAAACUACGAAGGUGGACUUCAUGCAUUGCAAACUAAAAUGGAUGAUUGCUUGGAGGAAGCCAUUCACGUAAUGAGAACUCAUGCUGUAGGGCAGACUGCAGGAAUCCCUGGCAGCCAUGGGGACAUCCAUGGCAUGCUUGGUACAACAUCGUCAUCUACGCACAAUGGGACUGUGGGAAACCUUGCUCAGGCAUUUUCGGGUCCUGGGAUAACUAUGGUCAACAGGAACUCUUCCUUAGUUGGAAAUCACCAUGAAGAUUCUGUCGGGUUACCCAGCAGUACCACCCUGUUGCACAGUCAUCAUGUAUCAUUACCAUCCCAGUCUGGCACUCUUUCAGACCUCAAUCGCCCGCAGGAAUCCUUUACUAAUCUGAGUGGUGGCAUCACACGUUCAGCACUGCCUUCAAAUCCUUCUGAUAUUAAGAGGGAAGAGAAGGAAGAAGAUGAAAAUUCAAUAGUUGACAAGUCGGAGGAUGAGAAGAAAGAUCCAAAAAACUCCCGCAACAGCAGAGCUAGUAGUCAAGAUGAUGAUGAUGAUGAGGACCUUCCUGUAGAGCUUAAGGCUGAGAGAGAGAGAGAGCGGAGGGUUGCUAAUAAUGCCCGUGAACGCCUGCGGGUUCGGGACAUCAACGAGGCCUUUAAAGAGCUUGGCCGCAUGUGCCAGCUUCACCUUAGCAACGAUAAACCUCAGACCAAACUCCUAAUCCUGCAUCAGGCUGUUAAUGUAAUUCUCAAUCUGGAGCAGCAAGUGCGAGAGCGUAAUCUGAAUCCCAAAGCUGCAUGUCUAAAGCGGCGGGAAGAAGAAAAGGUCUCUGGAGUUGUAGGAGACCCCCAGUUGCAGCUGACGGGCACACAUCCUGGUCUUGGAGAGGGACAUAACCCAGUCAGCCACAUGUAAUACCUCGGUCCUUGCUGUCUGGAAUCAACUGCUUUUUUUAAAGAUGUGGCCUUACUCUGCCCUCCUCCUAACUGCCAAAACUGUCACUGCCCAGGAUGAAGAGCUCUGUCUGUCACUGCCCAGGCCCAAAGGCCCACCUCUGUCUCAGGAUUAAGAGCUCUGCCUGACCACUGUGGUGCCACUUCCCAAGGUGGCCAGUGCUCACCUGAGGUGUGUGUGUGUGUGUGUGUGUGUGUGUGUGUGUGUA